GCCCAGCAGAGCGGUGACUCAUCCUUGGGCUGUCAUGGCGGGCAGCGGCUGGGCGGGGGCUGCUUCUGCGGCCUACCUACUCCUUCUGUGCGCUGCCGCGGGCCCCACUUGGGGCUGGGACCAGCCGGGGCGGGUUCUGUUGAGAGACAUCCAGGCACUCACUCUCCACAGAGGUCAGUACACGACAUCCCGGCGGACCGCUGCCGUCCCUCAGUUACAGUGCACAGGCGGCACUGCUGGGUGCUCCCGUGUCCCGGAGGUUGUUCAGUGUUACAAUAAAGGUUGGGAUGGCUACGAUGUACAGUGGCAGUGCCAGGCAGAUUUGGCAAACGCCUACCGGUUUGGACAAAUGGAAGUGAGCUGUGAAGGCUACGACUAUCCUGAUGAUCCUUACAUCUUGAGAGGCUCCUGCAGUUUGCUGUUCAGGCUUGAGCUGACUGAGGGAGGCGAAAGCAAAGUGAAGAACUCUGGAAGCUUUAGCUCUAGCUAUUACCAGUCAAGGAAGGAUUCUUCUGACUGUGGCACUGGAGCAAUUGUUGUAAUUGUUCUUCUGGCUCUUGCUUUUGGAGUAUACAAGUUCUUCCUCAGUAACCAGCAGCCUCAGCAGAGUUUUGGUGACAGUGAUGGAUUCACCAGGCCUUCCUGGCAGAGUCAGCAGGCACCUCCUCCUCCUGGUUUUAAGUCCAGCUUCACAGAAGACAACAGCUUUGGGACUCAUUUCAGUCACGGGACCAAUUCGGGACCAGGAUUUUGGACUGGAUUAGGAGCAGGAGGCUUGUUAGGCUACUUGGCUGGCAGUCACAGAGCACAGCCACGUUCCCCAUAUUACAGUAUGUGGACAGAUCCCACAGCUACACCUCCAAUGAAUUCCACACAAGGCAGCAGUUCUGGAACAAGAACUGCUUCUGGCUUUGGGGGCACAAGACGAAGAUGAAAUCUGUGAUGUUGCUGCAUCUGAAUGAUCAAACUAAAUAUUCCUGUGUAACUGCACCUUUUUCAUUAGUAGUAGGCUUCAGAAGUGGAUAUGAGAAGAGGUGUGAAGCACUAGGCAAAGAAUUCCUGUCUUUCCCUGUGGAGGUGCAGACUCUUAGCCUCUUGUUUAGGAUGCCACAGGAGCAUCAGCUUUUUCAAAACAGGGGCUUAUCACAAGAUACAAAAUAAGAAGUUAAGAAAGGUAUUAACGGUACCUAUAUGUCCCUCAAUGUUUGAGGGACUCUGGUAAUGGUAGAUUUAACAGAUUUUCCAAGCAAGUAGUUUAUUCAUGUUCUGGGCUUAAUUUAAUUGAAUCAGAGUUUCUGAGCUUUUUCCUUCGUGGUCCAGCAUCUGAAAGGCCUUGUGUGUGAUCCACCUAAUGGGUGACGCUCUUCAAAGCUACUUGUUUGUCUUUGUAAAAUCCAUGUAAACGUUCCUGUGAGUGCACUCAGCUACUCUGCUAAGGGUUGGGAUUUUUCCUUAGUGAAAAGAGUAAAAGUAUAGAGACUGACUAACAUUAA